UACCUCUUCCUACCCUGACUCACAAGCAAGCUGCUCGGGGAAACCCGCCCCAAACAGGACUCCGCACCGUGCACGACGCCGCGCGGCCUCGCCUCUCAGGGCCUCGCCGCGCGGAAGGCUCCGGAGAGCGGCCGCGUGCCUCUUCCGCCGCCGCCGACGGGGGGAGGACUCGGCCAGAGCCGCCAGGCCCCUAUGGCCCCGACGGCCCCGGCAGUGCCCAAGACGGAUCGAAGAGAAAGCGAUAUCUUGCGGAAGCUUUCGCCGAGGCUUCUCCAGGGAGAGCAGGUCCUCAUCGGUUCCCGGCCUCGCUACGUCGAGGCCAAUUGGCCCCAAAACGAGCAAGUGCCGGGUGCCAGAUGCAAAUGUGCUAGGUUCAGGCCAGAGCCACCCCCCCCUGGGGUGCGCCGAGGCAGGAGAGCCCCGGGUCGAAACGACGAGUCCGAAUCGGCGGCAUCGAAACGAGCACCGGGAGGGGCAUGGGAGGGGGCCGAGGAAAGGCACUCCCCCGGCGGCUGGCACACUGUGGCAGCCUCCGCCGCCGCCGGAGAGAGGGCUUCCCAGCUCCCCCUCCGGCGGGAAAUGGGAGGUGCACAGCGCGCGUGCGGCCUCGUCGCCUCAAGAAACGGGGGGUGGGGCCGGGGGGGGCGGCGCAUCCUGGCCUGAGGCACGUGUGCGCGGGCGCAGGCCAGGGAAGAGGUCGCCUCGACUGCGCGCCGGUGUUCGCCCCCCCCCCGCGCGGGCGCCCUCAUGCGCCUCUCCUCGCCGCCGGCGCGGCGGCGGCUGCCAGCACGGCCUCGGGGCCUACUCAGGCAUCCGGCUCCUCCUGCGCCCGCUGCAGCAUCUCGUCCCGCUGCCGCCACUCCUCGAUGAGGUCCUCCCGGGGCCGCUCGCUGCGGAGGGGCACCAGGAGACGACGCUCCACUCAGCGCUCGCUGCACACAGGGCGCCGCAGAGAUACUGUGCAAGACACACAUGCCCGGGCACUCCGCUGAAUCAACACUGGCUUCGCCGACUGAGCACGCUGACGUGGCACUCGGACAGAACAUACAGGCAUGGCACACUCGGAUGUUCUUGUCUUAAUUAACAAUGGUUCGUCUUUGCCUUCGCAGAUAAACGGAGCAAGAACAGAAACCGCAUCUCCUCUGUCGCUGUGGUAUCUGGGUGUGCUGUGUCUGGCA